UUGACUAUAUAUCCCAAGGACAGCAGCCGGGCUGUCAGAGUGCAGAGCCUGACACAGAAGAAAAACAUCCCCGCUUUCAGCCAUUUAGGAGUUCCACGCUUGGGACAAACUGUCAGCCUUUGACCCCGGCUGUGUGAGCGGCGUUUCCAUGCUGAGGAUGGAACCCCUGAACAGCACGCACCCCAGUGCCGCAGCGUCCAGCAGCCCCCUCGGUUCCCACGUGCCUGGCAACAGCGGCGGUGGUAAUGGCAAUGAAUACUUCUAUAUUUUGGUCGUUAUGUCCUUCUAUGGCGUUUUCUUGAUCGGAAUCAUGCUGGGCUACAUGAAAUCCAAGAGGCGGGAGAAGAAGUCCAGCCUCCUGCUGCUGUACAAAGAUGAGGAGAGGCUGUGGGGGGAGGCCAUGAAGCCGCUGCCUAUGAUGUCCGGCCUGAGGUCAGCGCAGGUGCCCAUGAUGCUGAAUAUGCUCCAGGAGAGUAUGGCGCCUGCGCUGUCCUGCACCCUCUGCUCUAUGGAAGGGGACAGUGUGAGCUCUGAGUCCUCCUCUCCGGAUGUGCACCUCACCAUCCAGGAGGAAGGGGCUGAUGAUGAGCUGGAGGAGACCUCCGAGACGCCUCUCAAUGAAAGCAGCGAAGGGUCGUCAGAAAACAUUCAUCAGAAUUCCUAGCACCCCCUGGCCUCCAUAAGCCACGCUUGACAGAGGAAAGACAUUUGCCAAGUGCCUGGUUUCACUUUUGCUCUGCAGCUGCCACUUUGAACAGACUGUGGGCAAGCCCCCAGCAUGGGGGAGGGAGAGACAGGCUCGGCCGGAGUCCUCGAGGUUCCUGUGGUUCCGACUCAUCACUGAAAAGCUCCCAGAGACGUACAGCAUGACCAUUAAUCUGGGGGCUGGGUGUUGGGUGCCUGUUCAACAUCUGGCUGAAUAAUGUGUUGUUUUUUUCACUGGAUGCCCUGGGUAAUUUCUGCAGCAUCUAUCUGUCUGUGCCCAGGGCUGACAACUGCCCAGGGCAGGCUGAAGGACUAGUUUUGAUUUGCUAAUUUGCCUAGAGCUUUGUUCUUCUAGAUCUAAUUGGCUGUAAGUACCUUUAUUUUGUGCCUGUGACAUUUGGUCACAGACAGUUCCAUCUUCCUUCUGGAGGUGGGAGAAAGCUGAAGAUAGAACCCAGAUUGGUUGCCCAGUGGGAGGAGAGAAGCUAUGACCUGUUCCGAGCUUUUGUCUCACCUGUGAGCUUGAACUCUGACUUGUGGCUGUACAGCAUUGCAGGUGGGCAUGGCUUUCUUUGUCAGUGAGCUUCCUGAGAACCAAGCCUACUUUCAGGAUGGCGGUUCAGGGGGUCCUCCUGACCUUUACAGACUGGGUAAUGGUGGGGUUACAUAAGGCCAAAUCAUUGAUGGGUCUGCUAGAGCUCUUUUUUAUUUUUUUCCCCAGCCUAGUUUUCUGAGGCCAGAGAGGACACAUGCAGGCCUCAUAAUGUGGGGGUUUGUCACGUAGCUGAGACCUAAAAGGGCUACUCAGGCAAGAUAGCACAGAGCUGGGGUUCAAGCACUGCGCUCUCCUGUCUGAUUCCUGAUGCUUAUUUACUGUAUGGUCCUGGGCAUGUCAUCAUGAGGCUCUUUGCCUUCAUGAGGCUCCUGAGGCUGUGCAGCCCCAGGGGGCUGGGAGGACAUCUUUAGACUUUGUACUGUGUGAUAAAUCCUCUUCCACGGACUGGUGUGAGGAAGUUUGGACCAAGUAUUUCCCCUUUGGCCGCUUAGUCUGGAGAAAGAUGUGUUGACUUAAAGGCACAGUUGGAGACUCUGGAGACAUGUAACUGGGGAAUUUGGGGCCGAUCGGCAGUUAGCCUUACUGUAGCUUUCCCAGGAUGAGGCCGAAGAGGCAGACAGCAGUUUCCUUUGCAGAAUUCUGUGGAUGGGAGGGUGUUAACACUCCCAGCUGAGGGAAAGAGAAGUCUAAAAGGAGGUGCUCAGGGCCGCUUACCAGUGCUCCUGGAAGUUCUGUAGGCCAGAGCCUUGCAACUGUUCUUUUGCCCCCUGAAGACCAGAGGGAAGCAGAAAAACCUCCAAAACGUCAAGUUUGCCUCUAGUGAGAAACCUUUUUAAGUUUUAUUUAUCUUAACUCUCCCUGGAUGAAGCACUUACUACUGGUCCCUAUGUGGGGUUAACAGUGUAGGAGCUGGGUUUUUCAAUCCGUUUUGAAUCAGAGCUAGUGUUCAUUUACAUUGGAAGUGGAAAGGAGCCGUCUGUUCACUUUAAGAUUCAAAGUGUGGAGCGCCUCCAAAGGGGGCCGUUUAAGUUGAAAGAAGCCAAGUUAAGUUUGGCCUCUUGCCUGGAAUCACUUGAAUUCUGAAACUUUACUGCGACAGACAUGUGCGUUGUCACAUUUUCCAUUGCUUAAUCCUGGUGCGGUGCGAGUCUGUCUGCGCCUGUAACAAAGGGAUGUAUAUACUUCCAGUAUACUGAGUUGUAGACAGUUGUCUUUUGUAUUUAACGCUUUGUAAUUUUCACAAUAUUUUUUAAUUUAAAUAAACACAU